GAAAAAUAUAUAUAUAUUUUGUUGAAAAAUAUAGAAAAAAUAUAUAUAUUUUGUUGAAAAAAUAUAUAUUCUUGAACUUAUUUCCCUUUAGGUGAUGUUGGUUGGCGAGAAAGGAACUUAAUGGAGUGGAAUAACACAUUUAAAGGCAUGAAAGAGAUGGAAACUAAAGGGAUGAUGGACAUUACAAUUCUGCCUAAUGUAGAACCAUUAGAUGUUGGAUUGAGUUCUUCAGAGAAAGGAAGCAUGGGUCCAUCUGUGAAGCAACGAAAAAAGUCAAUGACAUCAGUAUAUCUCAAAUUCUUUGAAACAGCUCCUGAUGGGAAAAGCAGAAGAUGCAUAUUUUGCAAACAGAGCUAUUCUAUAGCUACUGCCACUGGAAAUCUUGGAAGGCAUCUCAGUCACCGUCAUCCAGGUUAUGAUCGUGAGGGUGAUAACAGCCAGCAGACUACCCAAAAUGUAACUCCAAUAAAGAAGCCACAACCUCAAGUGAAACCUCCAACUCUAGAUUUUGAUAAUCUCAACUGGUUGCUGCUUAAAUGGUUUAUUGGAGCCUCUCUUCCCUCUCCUGUCUUUGAGGAUGAAAUGCUUCAGAAUUCGUUCAAGUUUCUCAAUCCGUCAGCUAAACUUUGGCCUAAGGAAAAGGUUCAUGCUGUCACUAUCGAGAUCUUUAGAAGCAUGCAAGAGGAUGUCAAGGAAUUACUAGAACAUGUGAACUCUAAAGUUUCCAUUACUCUAGAUUUCUGGACUUCCUGUGAACAACUAUUCUACAUGUGUAUUAAAUGUCAUUGGAUUGAUGAGAACUGGUUCCUGCAGAAAGUUCUUCUCGAUGUAGUUCAUGUUCCUUACCCGUGUACAGGGCAGGAGAUAUACCAUGCUUUAAUAAAGACCCUUCAGAGAUUUAAUAUUGACAAAAAGAUACUUUCUUGUACCAAUGAUGGGAGUCCUCAUGCAAUUCAUGCAUGUCAUGCUUUAAAAGAGGACCUAGAUGCUAGGAAAUUACCCUUUUAUUACAUCCCAUGUGCUGCUCGGGCCCUUAACCUGAUUAUAGAAGAUGGAUUGAGAACUCCGAAGCCGAUAAUAUCCAAGAUACGGGAGUUUUCACUCGAAUUAAAUUCAGCUCCCGAAAUUUCUCAGGAUUUUAAACAACUUACUGCAAUUUAUCAGGAGGGUUCAUGGAAGUUCCCACUUGAUACUUCAGCAAGCUGGAACGGUGACUAUACAAUGCUAGAUAUUGUGCGCAAGGCUCCAAAUUCCAUGGAUAGUACAAUGAAGAAACAUGAAGAAACCUUUGGAACCAGAAACUUGUUGCUGACAUCCACAGAGAAAUCAGUGGUUAAUAUUCUGCACUCUUAUCUAGAGCCUUUCCACAAAAUAACAACCAACUUGUCAACCUGCAAAGUACCCACCGUAGGCCUUGUUCUCUUCUUCAUGGACCAUGUCUUUGAAAUGAUCAGUACUUGCAGGGAUAGCUCUUGUCAUGAAUGGUUAAAGAGUGUAGCCGAUGACAUGGCGAAAAGUACCAGAAGCUUCAGCACCCAAAUUUACAGUCUCUUUACUUUCCUGGCAUCGGUUCUUGAUCCAAGAAUCAAGAAGGAACUCAUUCCUGAGAACCUGAACACAGAGAAAAACUUGGAAGAUGCCAGAAGCCAUUUCACAGUAAUGUAUGCUUCAGUCCAGUUUCCUGCUACAGCCAAUGGCUUUGGAGCCCAGGAGGCUGAAGAAACUAAUGUGGUCUCUUUCGCUGAAGAGAUAGCAAGAAAGAGGAGACGAGGAAAUUCGAUCACCGCUUCAGAUGAGCUCUCACAGUAUUUGUCAGAGCCACCAUUGGCAAUUGCCGCAGAUGUAUUAGGUUGGUGGAGAGCUAACAGUGCUCGGUAUCCGAGGCUCUCUGUUAUGGCGCGUGAUUACUUGGCAGUUCCGGGAACUGCAAUUGAGCCAGAUGAGUUGUUUUCGAGCAAAACCGGUGAAGUAUGCAAGCAAAAGUUCUGUUUGCCAUAUAGUAGCAUGCAGGCAAUGUUGUGCAUAAAUUCAUGGAUGAAGAGUGGAUUCAAGUUGAAAUAUAGAUCGGCUGAAAUAGAUUUCGUGAAAUUGGUGGAAUCCGGUGCUUCAGCGACCAAUGAAGUUCGGUCUUGAGGGGAAUAUUUUGGAGAUUUUCUACUAAUUGAGUCUUAUAUUCUGAAAUGUGACUUUAUUCCUGAAGUGCAACUUUCUGUGAUUGACAUUGAGGUAGGUGAUAAAUUGAGGAAAUAUGUCUCAGACUGUACGUUAGGUUACUGAUAAUAUGAAUAUGAGUGUGUUGCGGUGUAAACGGGCUCUAAGUUGAGAAGAAUGGAUUAUCCUGUAAAUCUUACUCAAUGGGUAUCUCAAAUAUCUCUAUACAGGUACCAAGUACACUUCCUUUUCCUUUUUAGUU